GUUUAAGCUUUUUCGAUUGAUGGGGCAGACUAGCCGCAAGAAGGAGAAGCAAGCGGCUCGUAAGCGGGAGACAAUUGUGUACAAAGAGAAUGUGGGAGGCAAAGUCCAGGAUAUAAAGACAACAGGACAAGCUUUAUACAGUCGGGCUAGGAUGGAAGCCCUUUGCAUCAUUUGUGAGAAAGAUGGGUACGUCUUCAUCCCUUUGCUGCACCAAGAUAUGCCGAAAAUGUUCCACAGUUCUGUGAAGAACUCAUCUGGUCACAUCUAUGUUGGCAACAUGUGGAGCACUCUGAAGAUGACGGAUUUACUCAAGCUUGCUACUAAUGAGUUGCAAGACCGGCGUGCCAAAGAUCCUUCCAUCCAAAGCACUCCAGAGGAUAUACUUAGGCAGGCUCAUAAGCUUUGGCGUGCAGAGGAGGAGAGAAGGAAAGGUGUUGUAGAGCUUGCUAUCGACUCUGAGAGCUUGAUGCCUUCUCCUUGCACUCCCGUUGAUGUUACCACUUCUGUGGGUCCUCACAGCAGCUCUUCUAUGUUAAACACUUAAGGAGAUGAGAAUGAGCUGAAUUGGGAGUAAUGGCUGUGCAGUGCGAUAGCUUAAUUACCUUGAUUACAAAAAUAGUUUUCAAAGUACCAUUCAGAUAUUUCCUGGUUUCAAAUAAAUACCAAAGUCUAAUUAUGGAUGCU